AUGAAACUCAUCGUCUUCUACGCCCUUCUCUUAUCUUCAUGCGCUACACUUUCUGCGUCCAACGGCGACGGCGGCGGCGGCCCGCCGCCGUGCGUGGCGAAGCUGAUGCCGUGCCUGAACUUCCUGCGCUCGCCGGAGAUUCCCCCCGCCGCCACCUGCUGCAUCCCUCUGAAGAGCGCUUUGGUCGACGACGUCUCUUGCCUCUGCAGUCUCUUCAAGAACGUAGAUCUCAUCAGGAGCUUCAACAUCACUCAGCAGGAUCUCGUGGGCCUUCCUCCACGGUGCGGCUUGGAGUUGCCGGAUUUGAACAAAUGCGAUCGUUCCAUCUCACCCAAUCCAGGUGAUUUACAGCCACCGCCGCCUGUAAACGAGCCUCCUAAAGGAAUUACGACUACGCCUCCAAGCAGUUCUGGUCGAGUAGCAAGCAUCCUUUUGGAACUUCACUUCGCUCUAACUGCACUAUUAUAUUUCUGCACGUCUUAUUAA